GGCUGCUCUAAUUCCGCGCUGACAAACGGGGUACCUAACCUCCAGUGCAUACUGUUUUUUAUCACGUCAUAUAUAACAGUGAUUUGGUACGCCAGAAAAGUCGCAGAUAUUCUCUUACAUAGUAUUCGAUUAAACAAUGGCAGAUCCAAAUCUCUACAAGUACGAAUCUCCUCUAAAGGGCUAUGAAGGCCUUGAGGCACUACCAGACGAGAAGGCUGCAGACGGGAAGUCGUAUCUGAAUCCACCAGCCGAGAUGAUAAGCGAAGCGUAUAAGUCUUUCGUAGCUCCUCUAGACAACGGCAUACGAGGGGGCUUUGACGCCCACAUUUACUUUCUCCAGUCCGAUAACGAAGAGGUCAAAUUCGCCAACGAGCUGUGGGAACGCAUACGUCGCGAAUUCCCUGAGCUGCGCAUCUAUCGAGUAUGGGAUCGACCUAUUGGCCCUCAUCCUGUUGCCAUGUUUGAGGUUAACAUAUUCACGCCCGAACAAUUUGGUGCUUUCAUUCCCUGGCUUGUCAUCAACAGGGGGCCUUUGUCUGUUCUGGUCCAUCCUAAUACUGAUGACGAGUUGAGAGACCACACCCAAAGAGCGAUGUGGCUGGGACAACCACUGCCUCUGAGCACAAAGUCAUUCAGAGAGAAAGAUGAGAAAUUAUAGGAGCAAACGUGGAGACAGUAGAGUAUAGGUAUUAUUCAGUGCUGUCUUCUGGUGUGCUGCACUCCAUUGGCGUCUCUGGCGCUUGGGAAGCCACGUUUUGCUGAUGCUGUAUCUCUUCAGAUACGCCAUCCUUACGACUCGUUUCGGCAGCCUCUCCCAGUGGCAUGCUCGUGGUACUGUCCGCGCAAGCCCUCAAAAUCAAUCAACCGAUGCUUUUGUAACAUCGAAGUGCCCCUUGCGUGUCUGAUGGUAUCAUAGUGCCUGGCUGCUCUCACACUUUGGUCUCGCCCUUCUUCUUUUUCUUCGUCUUCUUCGCCUUCUUCUUAUCUCGCUUCUUCAGUCCGCUCAUGCCAGCCUUGCAAGCCUCAGCAUAUCGCGCAUAGAAGCCGUCCAAGUCAUCUGGCUUGACGACGGUGCUCAACUCGAUUUUAGGGAUAUCUUCCCUGUCGGUU